AUGCUAAUAUGGUCAUUUAAACAUGAAACAUUUAAUGUCUUCGUACUUAAUGGAGUAAAAACUUCAACAACUUUUUUUAAUCAAAUACUUGCUGGAUAUGUUACUAUAACUGGAAUAAGUACACUCACCUUAAUUCUUUUUGAUUUUGGAAAACUUUUUACAUCAAUUGCUUCAAUACAUAAUUUUUUUGAAGUUUUUAUAUUGACACUUUUACUUCAGGGAGGAAGUAUUACUUCAUAUCGUGCUCAUGCAUCAAGUAUCAUUUACUUGUUAAUAUCCGAAAGCACAACUAUUUUAUUGCCCUUCCCUUAUAAUGCCAGUUUGUUUAAGUUCCAAGACCUAACGAUUGAUUUGGCGUUUUUUAUUCAAUUUGCAAGGAUAUAUUUAGCGACUAAAAAAAAUGCUAGAAAUGGUUAUACUAGCUUACCACAACAUGCUUCUGAUGAAAAUAAAUCCGAAGAACACACUCAAUCAAAUAAUGGAUAUCAUGAUCGAUCUUUAUUAAUGAGGGACUCGC